AUUUUUUCAACAUCUCGAAAAACUAGUUUAGAUAAUAUGUAAACCCAUUCUUUAUAAUUCAUACCUGAGGUAUUUAACGAAUAAGAAAUUCACCUAAUUCAACGGAACCGAAAGAAAAACUAGUUUUUUUUAUUUUGUGGAAGAGUUUUACAGGAAGUUAUAAAUCUGAAAAGUUUGCUAAGAGAGAAUAUAAAGAAAAGAACAGUGGGGGAAAUGGCACAGGGACCACGUAAACUUAAUUAUUUUUUAGCUAUUCAAAUAACAGAUAAAGAGAUCAAACAGAAUAUCAGGACGAUUCAGGAGACAAUACAAGCAAGGGAUGGAAGUCUUUCCUCCAGAAUGGAAUCAAUAGAAACGCUUCACCUGACGCUUGGUCUUUACUAUUUUGAUGACGCGCGGAGUGUUUCAAAGUGUAAGGCUGCCCUGGACAGAUUCCAAACACGGUUGAGGUCAGAAAACUUUGUUCCCCCACGUCUUACUGUUUCAAAGUUAGGACAUUCUAAUGAUAAAGUCUUGUUUGCGGCACUGGACGACAGCGAGGGGCUAGAGGACCUCAAAAUUCUUACGGAUAACGUAAGAGGGUCGCUCUCUAGGGACGGCAUUCGGACCACAGAUGACAGAUUUUCACCACAUGUCACCAUUUGCAAGAUUCCCAAACGCAACUCGCAGACAAUUGAUCCCUCAUGCUAUGAUGGGAUGCAAUCCACAUACUUUGGACGACAAACGAUAGAAAGUAUUCAGCUGUGUUCAAUGCAGAAACCUAAAACUGAAUCGGGGUACUAUCAUAUUGAUCACGAAAUCAGAUUCUAUUAGAGGAGAAAAACAGGAUACAUGUCUACAUUCAGUGUAUAUUUCUCUUCAGUAUGGAUUGGAAAUAUGUUACGUUUAUAUUUUACACGUUAUUUCGCAUUUGAAAAUAUUUUUAAAUUAUUUCUUGGUUUAAUAAGCCUUUAAUAUUUUUAGCAUCGUUUAUAUGUUUAAUGUAGAAUACUAAUGACUAUACAUUUUUCGUUUAUAAUUUUAUGUGUUGAUAAAAUGACGUCACAAUGUACUGGCGAGAAAUGGUACUCGGCGAGAACUGGUCGCACGCCAGAAAUAAUAUUGAAGCAAGCGUCAAAUGGGCCGCAAAAAUGUAAUCGUUGUGUAAAUCACAAUUGGUUGUUAACAUAACAAAAACACCACAAAGAAGAAAAUAACGAGUUGGUUGUUCUAAUUUUUAUGGUUAAUUUUAAUAUAUUUUCAGCCACAUGUUUUGAAGUUUAACAUUUUACUAUUAUUAAUGAUUAAGAAUCGAGUUCGUUACUGAAAGCAUUUCUUAUGGUAAUUGUAUGAUCAUUGCCAUAGUAUGAAGUAUCAACUCAUCUUUAUUUUCUUGAAGAUUAUGUAUUUCAAACUAAUUUGAUAUUUUGAUGUUGAAUUGUAUUGAAUUAAAACUUAAUGCAUUAGUUUAUAUGAUUUCAAGGGGCCACGUAAUAAAAUAGAAAUGGAUUAUUUUAAAGGUGCAUGUAAGAUCAUGCUCAUCCGGUAGAAUCUGUUAAAAAAAGGCCGGAUAAUUUUUUUCCUAAAUGGAAUUAUAAAUCUUACAUGUAUCUACACUUCAGUUUAUGAAGAUAAUCAUGGGUAUUUAGUUACACAAGGUUCUCAAAAGAAUAAAAAAUAAAUCAGGUUAGCUCAAAUUUUCAUGUCAAUUCAAAUUUUCAGUGUUUUCCUAUUUUUGCUUAAAUAAUUGAUUUGGAUGUCAUUUCAUGAUAUUUUUCUACCGCAUUGCAGAUGACAAAUUAAUAAAUACACACAUAAAGUCAUUUUAUUUGACGCAGCACAUAGAUAUUCAAAUAUAUCAUUUUGUAUUUCAGGUCUUUAGCAUAUCCCGCAUACCGAUCCCGAUUCAUUGUUUUGAAAAGAAUGAAAAAUUCCGAAAUUUUCCGAAUAUAUUAUAGUCUCGAUAAAAACGCGCCUAACACGACAGUCUAUGAC